AUGUCAAGGUCGCGGAUUGUAACUUGUAAGAAUGGGUUGCAGCUAUGGAAAGGAAGUCCCCUCGGUCCCGCAGCACUAUCGACGACCUCCACCAAGCUUAACCUGGAGAAAUCCAUUGCCGCCGCCAUGACGUCGUCUGUGCACCAAUUGCCAUUCACCCAAGCACCGUCGUCUGCCCUCCAAUCGCCCUUCACCCAAAUGCCGUCGUCUAUGGGCCAAUAUCUGUUCAACCAACUGCCGUUCACAUUGGCACAAACAGCAGCGUCUGCACACCAACAUCCGUUCACCCAACCCCCGCCAUUCACUCAACCUCAUAUCAGACUGCCAGAUCCACCGCUAUCGCAACCCGUUCCAUUAACAUCUCUGGUGUCCGUCCACCCUGGGCAAUUGUCUCGCGGCUCCCCCAAAGCUGCAAUAUCCUUUGAUAGUACCCCGUCCGAGAUUCGCGAUGACAUACCUGUACUCUAUAUUUCCAAACUCUCUGCUAUACUCGUUGUCUUCCGUUGUAUCUGGAGCUUCUGUAGCCUAUAA